GGCAAAUUUGAAUGGACAAUAGAGAAAACCUCACAACUUGCAAGCAGGAAAUAGUGCUUUACAGGCUACUUACCUUACUAGUUCCUACCAUGUAAAGGGAAGGCGCCUUUGACUCUCUAGUGCACAAGAAGUCAAGAACUCUGAGUUAUAUAUCAGAAACACAGAAGGAAGUUCAGAUUCUCACUUCGGAUUAGUUCAGAAUUACAGUCUACGGCCUGAGUAAUGUCUCCCUCUAUGGUGACCGGAACAAUAAUAAGGAUUUGUUUCUUCCAGUAAGAGACAAUCCCUUCAAAACCCAUAAUACAGAGCUACUACCACUCCUCUUCUUCCUCUUCCUCUCCUGACAAUGGAAGGUGGGCUUCCCAUGAUUAACUGUCUCUUACAGCACACACUGAGAAGCUUGUGUUCCUGUUCGGAGUCUUCUUCUACUUCUUCUUCCAAGUGGGUUUACGCAGUCUUCUGGAGGAUCCUACCUCGGAAUUACCCUCCACCCAAGUGGGAUUAUGGAGGAGGUGUUCUUGACCGCUCCAAGGGAAAUAGGAGGAACUGGAUUCUCGUUUGGGAAGAUGGGUUCUGUGAUUUCUACGAAUGUGAAAGAGUGAGAGACGGUUGCAGUAAAGGAAGGUUUGGAGCUGAAGUUUUCUUUAAAAUGUCUCAUGAAGUUUACAACUAUGGAGAAGGAUUGGUGGGAAAAGUUGCAGCAGACAACAGUCACAAAUGGGUAUUUAAGGAAACCCCACAUGGGAACGAUUCCAACUUCAUUUCUUCCUGGAGUGGAUCAAUGGAACCUCAACCUAAGCAAUGGGAAGCUCAGUUCAGUUCAGGCAUUCAGACCAUAGCAAUCAUUUCCGUUAGAGAAGGCAUUGUUCAACUGGGUUCACUAGAUAAGAUCUUUGAAGAUCUCAAUCUGGUGAUCAGUAUACAGAGGAAGUUCAGCUAUCUCCAAAGCAUACCCGGCGUAUUAGGAAUGCAGAGACCUUAUCUACCAGUCCAAAAAUAUCCAGACACCUCAAAACAUAAUACCCAGAUGAUCGAGACCAAACAAACUGCUUUGUUGAUCGACGACAAGCAUAUGGGAAUUGGUGGGAAGAGAUGCUAUGGCGAGAGAUUGGAAGAAUUGCCGAUCAAAUCCAUCAAUUUGGGCUGGAAUAGCCCUCAAACGAGCAUUGGAGGACCCUUUUGGUCAAACCCACCACUUUUACCCUUCAUGUCCCGGAGUCUAGGAGCUCUGUUAUCUAAACUACCCUCAGUGGUUCCCCCACAUAACGCCAUGAAUGCUCCUGAUAGAACUCCAGAUAACAGUACAAUAAUUCAGAGAACAGUGAAUAAUGAAGGUCGGCAGGGCGAAAUUCCUGAGAUUAAGGUCGAGGCCCGCCGUAUGGAUCUUUCUAAAGAAGAAAAACCCAGAACCCAAAAACUGAAAUCAAGCUGGGAAGAUCAAGAGGAGAGGUGCAUCUUUGAUACUCAGCAGGAAGAUGGUUUAAGCUCAAUUAAUUAGUCAUUUAUAAUAUUGGAUAAUAGAGUAGAAUUAAUGGAUUAUGCCCAAGAAUUGUGUGCCAUAUUCCUAUUAAAAUUUGUGUUUUCUUUCUCUGUAAUUCUCUGGAGUUCUUAAAACAAAGAAAUUUGGAUCAA